GCCCAGGCUUAAAAGGUUUUUGGGUGGGGGUCCCUGAACGCGUGCUGUUUUAAUAAUUUUACUGCACUGUGACCCUCCACUGGGCAUGCCAGUGGCCUGAUUCCAGAGUGUAGAAAGAGAGAGACACACACACAAGAGAGACAGAGAGCAAAAUCGAGGGUGAGAAUCAGAGCACACAUAAGUUUUACUGGGUUUGCAUUCUUUGAUGUGUCUUGGGAACCGUGCACCUUGGCUUGGCUGACUCGCACCCUGAUAGGACCCAAGCAUCGCUCCGCUCAAAAAUUUGUGACACCAGAGAUCGUGCGGAGCAUUGAAUGGGAUGGACGCAUCUCGGCAAGUCUGGGUGCAAGUGCUGUCAGUCGUAGAUUAAUCUUGAGAGUGGAAUCGUUUUCAGAGUUCGUAGCUCAUGGAGGAAAUGCAUAUGCUUGCCCUUCAUUGGUAAAAGCAGCUGCUAUGCAUAUAUAGCACCGAGCUGUGGGGCUGCGAUCGGUUCGGGCACGUAUUACGCGAACAGGCUGACAGCUCUGGAACGGCUGUCCCCGGCAGGAUGCUCGCCACGAGGGUGAUGGACGCGCUCGUGCUGCUGUGCUGCGCUCUGCGCCCGGGAGCCGUGAUCGCCGGCUACUGGCUGGGCCACCGGGUUGCAGUGGCGGCUGCGGCAGCGGUGGCGGUGGGCGGUGACACGGCCGGGAGGGCCCACCGCAAGAUCCAGCACGGGCCCUGCACCUACACCUUCCUGCUGCCGGAGCUGGCCGAGCACCAGCAGCAGCAGCAGCCGCAGCAGCCGCAGCAGGGCUGCCCAAGCGGCGCCGAGAGCCUGGUCACCAACUCGCUGCAGCGAGACGCGCCGAACGCUGAAGCCGACCGCUCUCAGCAAAGGCUGCAGCAGCUCGAGGUGGCGAUGGAGAACAACACGCAGUGGCUCUUGAAGCUGCAGAACUCCAUUCGGGAAGGUGUGAUGCUGGAGCUGGCUCAGCUGCAGCAUCGCUCAAUGCACAACCACACGACCGCCAUGCUGGAGGCAAGCAGCAACCUGCUGCUGCACACCGCCGGGCAGACGUACAGGCUCGCCACCAUCGAGGCACAGGUCCUAAAUCAUACUUCAAGGCUGGAGAUUCAGCUGCUGGAAAACUCCCUUUCGACCAGCAAACUGGAGAAACAACUUCUUCAACAGGCACAGGACAUCAGCAGGAUCCAGGAGAAAAAUGUAUUGCUGGAGCGUAGGCUCGCAGAACAGGAGGGCCGGCUGGCCGGCGCGCACCAGGAGCGGCGCCGCGUGCAGGAGCUCCUCUCGGGGCAGGGCGCCCGCCUGGCGGAGCUGGCGCGCCGGCUGGACGAGACGGGCGCCGGGCACGGCCGACUGCUGCGGCAGCACGCGCAGCUGGCCAGCGCCCUGCAAGAGACGCUCGCACGCCUCACACAGGACGACGCGCGUUUCCCAUUCCGUGACAAGGAAGAAAAAAAUAUAUUUCGGGAUUGCGGGGAAUUCAUAAAAUCUGGACAUACAAAUAGUGGAGUGUACGUUAUUUACCCUUCGAAUGACACCGUACCGGCAAAAGUCUACUGUGACAUGGAAACAGAUGGCGGUGGCUGGACGGUAAUUCAGCGCAGAGAAGAUGGGUCCGUGGAUUUUCACCGAAGCUGGCAAGACUACACAACCGGAUUUGGGGAGGCUACAGGUGAACAUUGGUUGGGAAAUGAAAUAAUCCAUCAACUGUGCAGCCAAAAGACGCACCAGAUGAGAAUAACAUUGAAAGACUGGGAGGGCAACACAGCAUUUUCCACAUAUGAACGAUUCUCCAUUGCAAGUGAGAAGCAAAAUUACAGGCUGCACACUCGGGGAUACGGAGGCACGGCAGGCAAGCACAGCAGCCUCGGCCAGGGAAGCAGCAGCUUCAGCACCAGGGACGCGGACAACGACAACUGCCCCUGUAAAUGUGCGCAGAUGAGCACAGGAGGCUGGUGGUUUGAUGCCUGUGGGCCGUCCAACCUCAAUGGGAUGUACUACUCUGCUGGGCAGAACGUGGGUAGGUUUAAUGGUAUCAAGUGGCAUUACUGGAAAGGUUCAAGCUACUCUUUGCGUGCCACCACCAUCAUGAUUCGCCCGAUAGAUAUAUAACGAUAUUACAAAGAUAAGAGCACAUCAACAUCACGCCAACCGCAUGUUUAAGUGUCACGAACGUAAAUGAUUUUUGUUUUUACAGCUGAGUGAAAUAUUGUUAAAUCUGACAUGUUCUGUGAAAUAUGAUAAAAGGUUUUCCCCUUUUUUCUGGCAACAAAACAGGUGUUAAGAUGUUAAAACACCACACUGAAACCUUUUACAAGGAAUCAUGUCUGCAUUAACCACAAUACUUGUGGUCAGAAUGCAAACAAA